AUGGUGUUGGAGCAGAACAAGAAUAUGGAAACUCCAUCACACAAAGCAUGUCUGAAAGGACAUCUCAAUGUGCUAGAACUAUUGUUACACACUGAUCCCUGGGUUGCAUCUUUAGUAAACCGUUACCAGGAAACUCUGAUUUUUGUGGCUACUAGGCGGGGACACGCCCAUGUAGUGAAGCAUCUCUUGAACAACUUUCCAGAAAUUCUGCCAUUGGAAGAAGAUAGAUUUACAACGUCUCUUCAUGUUGCAGCGUCGGAGGGGCAUACAGAGAUUGUUAAGAGCAUAAUUGAGGUACGCCAAGACUUUGCAUGGGGAAAGGACAUUCAAGGAUGCACUCCCUUGCACUUGGCUUGUAACAAUGGUCACUUAGAGAUAACGAGAGAGCUUUUAAGGCUUGACCCAGACCUCUCUUGCUUGCAAGAGCAAGACAAUGGUGGUAGAACACCACUCCAUUUGGCAGCWAUCAGAGGGCAAGUCAACAUCCUUGAUGAAAUCCUCUCAGCAAGUCAAGAACCGGUCAAUAUACUGACGGCUGGACGAGAAACAGCUCUACAUCUUGCUGUCAAGAACAACCAGUUUGAUGCCACAAAAUUUUUGGUAGAGAAAGUGAACAUCAUUGACCUUGUAAACUUUCCCAACAAGGAUGGUGACACCAUCUUACAUCUUGCAAUGGCUAGGAGACUCUAUAGGUUAAAAGUGCCUACCCUAGAAGCCUUUAAUACUUGUGUUCAUGGGAUGAUUUCAAGCAUAAACUUGACCGAAAUGGACUCUAAUAUGCUUGUAAUUUACAAUAUCAAGAGAGUUGGGAGAUAUGGAGAUUGUCAUGCUGUCAAUGCUGUCAACCACAAAGGACUAACUGCUUUGGAUGUAUCACUUAGAGAAGCCGGUGGUAAGAUGUGCAGCAAAUUGUCACUUGAAUCUCCUCAAAUCCCACAACUUAGUAGACCACUGGAGCCCACAGAGUUAAUUGGCUUAACUACCCAAGCCCACAAUUGGCAGAGCGAAUUGUUACAAUCAAGCAGAUCACUCUUGAAAAGACAAGCAAGUGAAAUAUCUGAAACACCAUCAAUGGGUGAACUUGAAACCCUUCGAUCCGGAGGGUUAAUAUCUAGAACCACAGGGCCUAUCCAAAGCAAAUUGGAAGGACAAGGAGUCUACUAUCCUUGUCAGAAGGAGCUUAACCUCCACAUAGAGGGAUUACAGAAUGAUCGAAACACAAUAACUAUUGUUGCUGUUUUAAUAGCUAGUGUCACAUUUACUGCUGGUUUCAACCCUCCAGGCGGUGUUUAUCAAGACGGGCUGCUAAUUGGGAGAUCAACAAGGGGAAGAUCAAUUCUUUUUAAGGUCUUCAUGAUCUGCAACAAUUUAGCACUAUUUUUGUCACUUGGGAUUGUGAUUGUACUAGUCAGUGUUGUCCCCUUCACACGUAAGUCAUUAACGAAACUCUUGGCAUGGAACCACAAGGCGCUCUGGUUAUCUGUAUCAUUCAUGGCCAUGGCUUACAUGGCAGGCUCGUGGAUAAUCAUACCAUAA